GCGCGACGGGGGACAGCGGAUACCCCGGCGGCUGACAGGGGGCCCGGGCCGCUGCCGUGUUGUCCUCUCAAGAUGGAGUUCCUCCUGGGAAACCCGUUCAGCACCCCGGUGGGGCAGUGUCUCGAAAAAGCAACGGAUGGCUCCCUGCAAAGCGAAGACUGGACGUUGAACAUGGAAAUCUGCGACAUUAUCAAUGAGACGGAGGAAGGGCCAAAGGACGCCAUUCGAGCCCUGAAGAAGCGGCUUAACGGGAACCGGAACUACAGAGAAGUGAUGCUGGCGUUAACAGUGCUGGAGACAUGUGUGAAGAACUGUGGCCACCGCUUUCACAUCCUCGUGGCCAACCGAGAUUUCAUCGACAGCGUCCUGGUCAAAAUCAUCUCUCCCAAGAACAACCCUCCCACCAUUGUCCAGGACAAGGUGCUAGCUCUGAUCCAGGCGUGGGCUGAUGCCUUUCGAAGCAGUCCUGACCUCACUGGCGUUGUGCAUAUAUACGAGGAGCUGAAGAGGAAAGGGGUCGAGUUUCCCAUGGCAGACUUGGACGCUCUGUCUCCCAUACACACACCACAGCGGAGCGUCCCCGAAGUGGAUCCGGCCGCGACCAUGCCCCGGCCCCAGUUGCAGCAGAGGACAAGUACUGGCUCCUAUUCCUCGCCUCCUCCUGCUCCCUACUCCGCUCCGCAGGCCCCGGCUCUGAGUGUGACUGGCUCCAUCACGGCCAAUUCAGAACAGAUCGCCAGGCUUCGGAGUGAGCUGGACGUUGUUCGAGGAAACACAAAGGUCAUGUCCGAGAUGUUAACCGAGAUGGUCCCCGGGCAGGAGGAUUCGUCUGAUCUGGAGCUGCUACAGGAGCUGAACAGGACCUGUCGGGCCAUGCAGCAGCGCAUCGUGGAGCUCAUCUCCCGCGUGUCCAACGAGGAGGUCACCGAGGAGCUGCUGCACGUCAACGACGACCUCAACAAUGUCUUCCUCCGCUAUGAGAGGUUCGAACGGUACAGGUCAGGCCGAUCGGCUCAAAACACCAGUAAUGGAGUGCUAAACGAAGUGACUGAAGACAACUUAAUAGACCUGGGGCCGGGGUCUCCAGCCGUGGUGAGCCCAAUGGUGGGGAACACGGCACCCCCAUCUUCUCUCUCCUCCCAGCUUGCAGGCUUGGACUUGGGGACAGAGAGCGUCAGCGGCACCCUCAGUUCACUCCAGCAGUGUAAUCCCCGUGAUGGCUUUGACAUGUUCGCCCAGACGAGAGGGAACUCCUUGGCCGAGCAACGCAAGACGGUAACCUACGAGGACCCUCAGGCUGUCGGAGGACUCGCUUCUGCACUAGACAGUCGGAAACAGAGCUCCGAGGUGAAGAGAGGUAAAGGUGGGGACUCUGGCCUGGAGCCCAUAGACAGCUGGCUCAUAACCCAAGGAAUGAUCCCCGUUGCGCAGCCCUCUGUCAUGGACGACAUUGAGGUGUGGCUCAGGACGGACCUGAAGGGCGAUGACCUGGAAGAGGGCGUCACAAGUGAAGAAUUUGAUAAAUUCCUCGAAGAAAGAGCCAAAGCUGCUGAAAUGGUUCCCAACCUCCCCUCGCCCCCAGGGGAGGCCCCGGCCCCAGCCUCAAACACCUCCGGCCGGAAGAAGUCUGAGCGGUCAGAGGAUGCCCUCUUCGCCCUGUGAGCCGUUCUGUGGCUCGGCUCCCCAGACAGCAGGUCACCUGUUCCCCCGGUCCACACUAGGCACUGGCCAUUCCUCCCAUCCCCCGUCCCCCCUCGGUCCUGUGCUGCUGUGUCUCCACGGGUACGCCACUGUGUUUGCUCCCAGGCCUCCACUAGUCAGGACCAGCUUUGGCCACCUUGUUCUCUCCGGGUGGUGGGACAGCGUCGCUGCAGCCAGAGACUCUCAUCCUCCGCCCCUGCCCCUCUGGCCCACAGGCUCCCUCUACCCAUGUGUCCUCCCGGGAAGAACAGGCAUCGGACCCAGCCUCAGGCAGGGCAGUCCCCGUGGGACCAUUUCCUGAGGAGACACCUGGCCUACCUUCCUCCGAUUUCCGCCCACAGAGAAGGGGGUCAGACCCCAGCCCCUUCCCCUCGGGUCCUGCCCCUGCCUGGCUCAGUGGGUCCCCUUGGGCCGGCCUACCCUCCCAUGCCCCUGUUCCACAAAGGGCUUGUCUGCACCUGUGAGUUUGGCCUCACUCCCUGGAAUGCUGCUCCCUGACGCGUGUCACCUUGUGGCACUUGGCGUGCUCGGCACUUUAGAAGGCUCUGUGGGUGCCCUUGUGUGAGGCCUCUCAGCUUUUUGACCCUCCCUCCAUCACACAGCUGCUAGCCCGGGCCCCUGCCCUCAGCAGCUGAGCCUGGGACCCACAGGUUCCUGGUGUGCGGAGGGAGAGCCAAAGGCGAUUGCGGAGACAGCAUGUGACCCAUGGAUGCUGGUCACGAGGCGCACGGGUUAGCUCCUGCAGAGAGCCGCCACCGUACACCAGGCCGCUCCGUGUCCCCGUCCGUGGAGGGACCUGCGUGGGGAGGAGUCGCUCUGGCUCACUUGGGAAAGCUCGGUGGGCUUGUGAACGCGCCACGCUCGGGGCUGUGGCCUGGCCUGUGGCAGCCUCUGCGCCUCUACCUCCGGGGCCCAGCAGCACGUGGCUCUGCGCCAGGUUUGGGGAUGCAACAAUAAGGGGCUGGAGUGACCCUAAGGUCCCUGCACUGCCCGUUGGCGUGGGUCUCCGCUUCCUCCACAGAAUGUCCCAGCAGCCUACCCUCCCCCCGCCCCGAACCCCCCUCGCCACUGAUUUGUACCCUCUCUCCAAACCAACCUAGAAGGCCAGCAGCCUGGGGCUGAGAGCUAGGGCUUGAGGACACCUGCUCCCGUCACCGCGUGUCUCCUGGCCGCAGACAAGGCGCUCAGCCUUGACACCGUCCGGGGUCCAGCCCACCCCACCUCUGCACUAUGGUUGCCCAGAAGAAGAAAAAUGCUGCAGCAGCUGCUCCGAACCAGCCCGUGAGUUGCUGGGGCCCGGGUCAGUAUUCCAGAAGGCGCCACCCGGGUACCCGGGCCAGACGUGUUCCUGAGCUGUGGCGUGGUCAGCCCUGGCAGGCGGAGCAGGGAGGAGAGCUGGGCUUGACGCCGGCCGACACCAGGGCCUCAGGCUCUGGAAGAAGCAUUCAGGCCUGGGUCCGGCACCUCUGGUGGAGAGCGAGGCGCACCCCAGCCCAGAACCCCGAGCCCUGUGACUCCCCCCAGCCUCUUCCAGAGGGGAGGUCCGGGGUCUGGUUGAGGGCCCUCCUGGCAGGACCGGCUGGGUGGGGGGUCACAUUCUGACACCUCCGAGGACAUGCAGGAAGCUCCCCCUCAGAGCUCAGCCAGCCUGACUCCAGCCCCGCCCUCCCUGGCAGCCGGUGCCUCACUCUACUGUCCCCCCAACCCAGCCCCUCCGCCCACCGGCUCCUCUCUUCUCAACAUUGCUCACAGCCAGAGCCCCCUAAUGUCCCUGCUUGGACAUUAGGAUAUCUGAAGUUAGCUGUCCAAGGUGGCUGGGAUGGUCUAGUUGUACCCAGCUCGUACCCCCAGCAGCCGGGAGCGCCUGUCCUGAGGGGCCGGGGGCCCGUCCCGCAGCAGCCGAGCCCCGCGUCGUCCUCGGAGGGAAGAGCCAGCCUCCCGGCCUUGUGGGAGGGGACGUGCCCCCAAGAGCGGGAGCCUGAAGGGUCUGAGGGGAGAGGAGGCCCCCGGCAGAGAGUGAAGCCGAAGCCGAGGCCUGUGUCUGUCUGGGGAGACCCCAGCACAGCUGCUCUCAGUACCUGUGGCGCAGAGCUGCCCCCCAACUCCAGGCAGGGCUUGGAGAGGCCGGGCCGCCCCUGGGCAGCGCAUGGUGGUGGCGCCUGUGGCCGGGAGGUGUUGGCUCACACAGGGAAGAGGCCCCGCCUUCCGGGCCCGCGGCUGCCCCUCCUGUUCACCAGUCCUAUCCGGAGGCAGCCUGGCCCUACCCUGAGGCUGAGGUGACACAGGCUUGAGGCCUGCACAAAAAGCGGAGUAGGGGCCCAGGUGGCCUUAAGGGGGUGCUGCUCAGCUCUUCCUGUCCCGAGGCCACAGGCACCCCAGGCCACUCAGCUCUUGGCUCCUUUCCCCCCCGGGGAGCCCAGCUCCCUGGCCGCCUGCUUGGGGAAGGGAGCCGCGCUCUGGCAGGACAGCUGGCCAGUGCCUGUCCCCCAGGAGUGAGACCCUCACGAGCCACCAGCCGCUCUACAAGUGUUAGAAAUCACAGAUACAGUAUGUACUUAAUUACACUAAAUUAUUGCUGGGAUUCCUUAUAAGCACUAAUUAUACCUGAUUAUAGGUUAAAAAUAUUUAUUUUGUCAAAAUAUUUUCUUGGGGAUGUGUUUAACCUUUUCUGUGUUCAUUGUGUGCGGAGAUGAGAAAACUAACCAUUUCUUCCCGCCUACCUUUGUGGCCAGUGGGCAGUGGUGACCCGGGGCACUGGUGGCACUUGUGGCCAGCCUGCCCCAGAGCAGUCCCUGCCUGGGAUCCCCCCUCCCAGGGACCCAGCAGGCCAACUGGGGCCAGGCCGAGGGGUGACCUGCCUGCUUAUCAGCUUGCACGGGACAAGGGGUUUCUGAGCCGAACGGGCUUGAUGCUGGCCGGGGCCAGAGGGAAGGGUGAUUCGGUCCGCUGUCUGUCCUGUCUUUCUGUUUGUCAGCCCCAUCCGCGUGAGUGACCGUGCCAUCUGCCGUGGCUCACUGCCCUUCCCUUCCUUCCCCUGCGAUCCAGAGCAAGGGGGCCUGGGGAGGUACGGGGCCUGCACUGUCCCUCAAGGCCCCCCGACUGGGAGAGUGGUGGCCAGGGCUCUGGAUAGACAGCCCGGUGGCGGCAGGCACCUGGACCGCUCCAGCUUCCUGGGGCAGAGAGCUGCUCUGCCGCCUACAUUCCUGCUCCUCCUCGUCCUUCCUGCGCCACCCCCGCUUUGUCUCCACAUACACUACACACGUUUCCAACUCCCGUCGGGCCCAGCCUUCUGGACGGCUGAGGAGGACUGUGGGCUAGCUGGGGAGGAGCACCAAGCAGGAGCAGCGUGUUCUCAGCCUGGCCCCCGCCGGCCCGCCACAAGCCUCUCCUCCUGGGCCCCUGGGCCUGUCCACCCCCGUGGGGACCAGCCAGCCUUGCCACCGUGGCUGAGUGUGUGCGGGCACCCAGAAGAUGCCCCUUGCAGUGCCCGCCUCUCCCAGUGCCGUCUCCGGCCCUUCCUGUCCAUGGGGGUCCAGGCGAGGCUUCCCCUGCGGCCGCCCGCCGCCAGCCCUGCGAUUACACUCCUGCUCACGUGUCUGAAGUCUCCGAGCUCUCCUGGAGAAAGGGAGAUGGGUAUUUAUUUCCUAAAGUUUGCACUUAAUUUGCGAGGGUCUCAGGAUUGUUGGGGGCUAUUGAAAGAGAGAUGUGUUGGGUUUAUUGUCCAAUCGUCCUAGAAGUCUGAUGUUCCGUCACUGUUGUGCGUUUCUGCGGGCAGAGCCGGUGGCGAUGGAGGGGCGGGUCAGUGCACUCGAGGCUCAGCGCGUCCAUCCACCCACCGGCUCUCCUUCCAGAUGUUGUCUCUCUAGUUUGGGUUCUUGCAUGUAAAAUACUCCACAAUAAAUAAAUGAACAAACUGUU